AUGUCGGAUCCUCAAGAACGACGCAAAGUCUUGCAAAUCCCUCCUCAGCUAUACAACAAGCUUACAGAAUGGUACCAUGCUCCUACUGUUCCCAAAAACAGCGACACGGCUCGGGAGUGGAAAAAAAUGCUAUCAACUCAGAAGUUCAAAGACAUAGUUUUAGACAACACAUCUGGCAAUCUGAUCGGGUUGCUUCGAGCUCUCUGCCUUAAUGGUGCUAGCAAAUCCGUUAAAUCCUUCUCCAUUACUAUCAAAGCUCCAUCCAGACACGAAGGUCACUCUCAGACAUCAGGACAAGAGGGUCACCACCAGAGAGACACCUUUGGAUACUUGCCAAUUCUACUCGCUGAAGUUAUUUGCCAAAUAACUAACCUUCAAGCCAUUUCUUUGGAUCUCGGACUGCUUACCGUGGAAGAUGGGCAAAAAUUUCACGAUAUCAUAAUGAGCAAUCUACCUCACAUUGUCUGGCCAAAAAUGCAUUCAAUCAGGAUCCGAGGUCCCAGCAUGCUAGCCGCUUGCAUAAUAUACCACUGUGAUCGCUCCAAGCUUAAGGCUCUCAAUCUCAAUGGCUGGACAGAAUCACACGACUUCAAAUGCGCGGAAUCAGCCAACAAUCUUGAACGACUGCGCUUGUAUUACGACAAGGAUCAUUUGUCGAAUCCUGCGGCCGGUGCUUUGGACUUUCCAUCAACUCAUUAUCAAACUUGGAGGUCAUUGCGCAAGCUAAAAACUGCUUCUCUACAUUGGCUUGUCCUACAGGAAGAAGAUUGCAAUGAGAGCAAUGAAUUCCCGCCGCUAGAAGACAUUUAUAAGUUGAAACGCAUAUUUGACGAGGUUCUUUUUAGUGUGAGAGUUCUUACGCCGAAACGCCUUGCUUUCUACUUUGACUACCGGCGCUUCAGUCCAAAGGUCAUCCGCACUGACUCGGGUAUGCUGAACCCUACAUCUGGGCCCCUGGAAAGUCAUGAGAUCAAGAAAUGGCAUGAAAUUCAUAUCAAUAAUUACCUGAUGGAAUUUUGGAAGCCGCAAGAAGUGUGGAUUUUCACCAACAGUUCCCUCGCCUUUGUUGGAACCCGUAACAGCGAUAAGACAGUCACCGUCGAAUGCCGCAAGUUUGACGGGGAAACCAACCAAAGGAGCUUCCCUUGGGGGUUACUUGACGAGUGA